CCACAGUUAGGUUAACUACCUGCUGGCUUUUCUACAUUUUAGUCGUAAGAACAUAAUGGUGAAGUUAAUACAGAUUAAGUCGUAGGACCGUUUGUGUGAUUUCUGUGCCUUUGAGGAGAAGAUACCGUUUUACAUUUAUGUCGUCUGGACAGCUGUCCUGAGCCUCCCCCGGCGACUGCUGUCAUCAUGUCCCAGACCAACACGUCUCUCCUGGACGAGGUUGUGCAGUGGAGUCAGGAAACCUGUCGCCAGGAGCUCAAGUCUGUCCUGCCAAAACUCACCUCUUUGCAGCACAAAUCUGAGAGCUGGGAUGAUCAUAUACGUAUUCUUAAGAUAAUUAUAGACAUGUUCCUUCCACAUAUUGAUUUGUCAGAGCUGGAAGAUGAAUGCUUCUCCAAAAUCUUACCAAAGGCUGUGACGGUGUUUGAGAGCAUGAUGAAAGAAAUCUCAGAACAAGUUGGGGGCCUGUCCAGUCAAAACACUGAACUCUGUACUUUACUAAGGGGCAUUCUUCAGGCAAUGGGGCAGAUAAUUGAUGCACUAUCCACUUGCGUGCGUCAUGUUGGCUCAUUCGAGGAAGCUCCUGAUCUGUAUGCUAUCCGUUCGUUACCUUCUUGUAUCCUGAAAGUCCUGAGGGAAACGUUUCAGCACUGCAAGGAGAGUGAGGUGGUUUACUGUGGCCGUCUGUCCCUGGUGGCUGACCUGCUGCAAGGCCUGUUUAAGGAGGCAUAUUCCCUUCAGAAAGGUCUAUUAGAGCUGUUGGACAGGAUCUCCCUCGACAGCAGUGCCUCAGAGGAGGAGGUCUCUGACAUUGUUACAGUGAUUCACAGCCUGCUGGAUAUCUGCUCUAUUAUCUCCAACCUGGACAUAGCUCUGCAUGCAAACACAUGGAAAUUCCUCAUAAAACAGAGUCUGAAGUACCAGUCAUUGGUGGAGGAGCAUCUACAUCACGGGGACAUCAGUACCAGCCUGUGUGAAAACCUGUUGACCUCCUUCCACAACUGUGUGGAGCUGGCUGAGCAGAUAAAACAUGCUGGCCUGCAGGAGGCAACACAAAGUCCGGAAUACAAAUUGUUCCAGAAAACUGCAAAGAUGUGCAGAUUUUUUGCCAACACAUUGGUUCAUUACAUAAAGGAAUUCAAAUUUUUUCUCACAAAGUAUUGUAGCUGCUUUCACCAACUCUACCUGCAGAUCAUCAGUAAGUUCCCUCCCAGCUUGUGUGCGCCAGCACUGCCCACAGCUCUGUCUGAGGAGCUGAAUGCAGCAGCCCUGCUUCCCAUGGUUCCGCUCCUGCUCCAGUUGUUGCCUUUAAGGCCCUUCGCCGAAGUUGUACUCCAGCAGGACUUGCGUUUAAGUCCUGAACAUGAGCUUCCUCACUGUCUUUUGCUGGUGAAUGUCCUGGGUCAGCUGGCCACCCAACCAGAGGAGGUUAUGCAGCUUUGGUACACUGGCAGCCAAUUCUCAGAAGACACCCCCAGGCUUCCUCUCUACGAGGCGUUGUUCACUAGAUUCCGUUGUUGCUAUACUGAGCGUAAGGUACCAGUGCUCUUGCCAGGGGUGAUGAUGAAGGGUCAGGCCCAGGUCCAGGUCACUCUGCACCACCAUAUCUGUGUGCAGCUCUGUGCAAGUGUGGCUGCACUUCCUCCGGUGUACUUCCCCGUGCUGGAGCGUUGUUUGGCUAAUGCAGUCCUGCAAGCUGAUACACAGACAGCUUUACUAGCAACAGAUGUGUGGUGCUUUACAGCACGGUAUGGGACAGCAGAACUUUGUCUACAUCAUGUCCUCCUCAUUGCUCAGCUGGUGAAAACGUGCACCACUGAGUGUUACCAGUCGUUCCACAUGGGCCUGCUGCUUAAACGCAUGGUUUUCCUUAUGACACCAAACCACCAGAUGGAGCUCGUGACGCGUUUCCCACCCUCUGAGGUGGAAAACCUUCCGGUGUGGCGCCAUGUUCUGCUCAGAGCUCUGUCACAAGAUGUCCGUCACUGUGUAGAGACUGAUAUCACUGCCAUUGCUCAAAAAGCUCUGAGUGACUGGCAGAAUGGAGGGUACAAACUGGGACAAGUGGAGAAAGUGAAUGUGGUGCUGUUAUCCCUGCUAGUGGUGGUUCAAGGGCAGUCAUCUCCUGAGGAACAGUGUGAGUUGUCUGCAACGAGGAUAGUAACACAGCUCUGGUUACGCAUGAGUUCAGAUCAGGUGCAGGCCCACCCUGUGCUCCAGCGUACUUUGCAGCUGCUCCUGUCCAUAUCAGCCAUACUAGUGAGAAACAUCGAACCUAAAAUAAUUUGUCAGGUUUUGUUGUGUGUGGAUGUUCUGGUGUCUCAGAAGUGUGCAGAUGAGCUGCUGCUGGCUGCUCUGGAAUUCCUGGCCUCCCUGGGGAAGAUCUUCGUCCCUCCGGACAGCCAGACUCAAAUUCUGCCGAGGCUGAGUAGCCUGUUUGGAGUCCUGCUGGCUGACAGAUCCUGGCUGCUACAUCAGCAUGCCCUGGAGGCCUUUUCUCAUUUUGCAGAGGUUACAAACCACGAGGAAGUCAUUUCCCAGAGUUUGUGUGCAGAAGAAACCAAGACCAAAGUGGUGAACUAUCUUAGCAAGACUGUUAAUACACAGGAAGAUGGGGAGUCACGGCUACAGAGGCUCAAGAUGGAGGCAGCAGAGAUUGAGCAAUACAACCAGAAGCUGGAAAACAACAAAGAAAAUGUUUCUAACACAGAGGCUGCUGAAGUGGUUGCAGAUUCAGAGCCAUGCCCAAAGAGAGCUCGACAGGAGACCAGCACUGAGGAGGAGUAUAUCCGCUACAUCCAGACAGCUGAGAGCGCUUUAAAAGCCAUUCAGGCACUCACUGAGGGCAAAGCCAGCACUACUGCACCACCACCACAGUGGCUGGAAUCCAGACUACGGGAGCUGCAGACCCUCAUAACCCACAUCGGUACAGCCAGACACACAAUCUAGCUGCUCCAGAUUAUUUACUUUCUGUGUCAAAGCUAUUUAAUCACACUCUGGACAUGUGGAAGUCUGUAAUACUUGUUGCUGCAACUGAAAAUAGUUUGUCUUCACUUUUUAAAACUGUCAGUUUUGAUUUAUGUAACAGUUUAUUAAACUUCUUGGAAUACAAAGCAUUGAUUUAUUUUCUCUCAGAAGCAAAUUUAACUGUUUUUGCUGCCUGGGAAUAGUUCGCUGGGACUUGCAGCACGACUUGGGUAAUUAAUUUCUGUACUUGCACAAUAUACCGACCGCUGACAGUAGAACUUGAGUGUGUGGGCCAGUACUUCCGGUCAAAACUUCCGGUGAUCUAACAGCGACAGCGGAAGACAGCGAGAGCGAGAGACAACAGCGAUUGAGUUACACUAACAGAGAGAUUAUUUUAUUUUUACAUAGCAGUAGAUGUUUUACAUGUAGACCUGUAGAUGUUUUAGAAUUAUCAGUUGUUUUUUUUCAACGUUUGACGCUUUUUAGUUGAGGUGCAUACGAACUAAACAAAA